AUGAGCGCGGCGUUGUUUCGGAUUCGACCGGGCGGCCCCGCGCUGAAGGCGAUUGGGGAAUUCUCAGCUAGAGUGAAUGCCCCCAAACAGCCAUUGACAGCCAGGAUUAUCCCGCUCUCGCGAUCCUUGCAAACCACCACCCGCCGCCUUCCGCUGCAACAGCAACAUCAACAACGAAAUGCAUUUUUCACCCCGGUCUCGAAAGUCGCCAUUCCAAUCCGAUUCAAAUCCGACGAUGCGUCUACAUCUGCAUCUGCCACCACUACUGCCGCAGCCGAUGCUGCUGCUGCUGCCGUCCCUCCCAAGGCCCGAUCCCGCGCUGCUCGGAUAUUGUCCAAGGUCUUCACGUUCUGCGGUUUCUUCGUCAUCACUUCCGGAGUAAUUGUCGCCGGAUUCUUCAUCUACGAUGCUAGCACCUAUCGCGAAUCGUCUACUGCGGAGGAUAUCCCUAUCUCGGAAUUAGCCCUGAACCCGCGCCGCGGCGGACCGAAGAACCUCCCGAUAGCGGAUUUCCUGGUCGGCGACUACGACUCGGAAUCGAUGCUGGAACAAAAGGAUAAACCACGUCUUGUGAUUCUCGGAACGGGUUGGGGCAGUAUUGCUUUGCUGAAAAACUUGAAUCCUGGAGAUUACCACGUUACUGUUGUUUCGCCGACGAAUUACUUCCUCUUUACGCCGAUGCUGCCGUCCGCUACGGUGGGCACAUUGGGUCUUCGAUCGCUGGUUGAACCUGUUCGUCGGAUUAUCGAGCGUGUUAAUGGUCAUUUCCUCAAGGCUUCUGCGACGGAUGUGCAUUUCUCUGAGAAAUUGGUCGAGGUUUCGCAGGUUGGAAGGGACGGUCAGCAGAAGAGCUUCUAUCUGCCGUACGACAAGCUUGUUGUUGGCGUUGGCUGCGUGACGAAUCCUCAUGGUGUCAAGGGUCUGGAGAAUUGCAAUUUUCUGAAGACUAUUGACGAUGCGCGCCAGAUUAAGAAUAAGGUUCUGGAAAAUAUGGAAUUGGCUUGUCUGCCCACUACGACUGAUGCGGAGCGUCGUCGACUGCUCUCCUUUGUGAUUUGUGGUGGCGGACCUACCGGUGUUGAAUUCGCAGCUGAAUUGUUCGACCUGCUGAAUGAGGACCUCCUGUACUCUUUCCCGCGUAUUGUUCGGAAUGAGAUCUCUGUUCAUAUUAUUCAGAGCCGGACUCAUAUCCUGAAUACUUAUGAUGAGGCUCUGUCCAAAUACGCUGAGGGUCGCUUUACUCGUGAUGGUGUUGAGGUUCUGACCAAUGCCCGUGUCAAGGAAGUGCAACCGGAUAAGGUUCUCUUCAGCCAGGUUGAGGAUGGAAAGACUAUUGUCAAGGAAAUUCCUACUGGAUUCUGCUUAUGGUCAACUGGUGUUGCCCGCGCCGAAAUCUGCGAAACUCUCUCAAAGAAACUAGAAGGCCAAAACAACAAACACGCCAUCGAAACCGACUCCCACCUCCGCAUAAUCGGCGCACCGCUCGGCGACGUCUACGCCAUCGGCGACUGCUCCACCGUUCAAAACAACCUCGCCGAAAACAUCAUCCGCUUCCUCCGCACAAUCGCCUGGGAGAAAGGCCAAAACCCCGAAAAGGUGCACCUAACCUUCUCCGAAUGGACCGACGUCGCAAACAGAGUGAAGCGCCACUACGGCGAACUCUCCGAACUCCUCCACCAAAUCGACACAAAGCUCACCUCCCCUCCUGCGACCGCCCAGCGCGCUAACCAGCAGGGCGUGUAUCUGGGACAGAAGUUGAGCAAGAUCGCCGCGGCCUUGCCCGGUCUUAAGGCUAAUCAGAUUGACUACGGUGACCUUGAUGAGGCGGUCUACCGCGCUUUCAAGUAUAGACAUCUCGGAAGCUUGGCUUAUAUUAGUAAUGCGGCUAUCUUUGAUUUCGGCGGGAUGAGCUUUAGCGGUGGUGUUAUUGCCAUGUAUCUCUGGCGCAGUAUUUACUUUGCUGAGAGUGUUAGCUUCCGGACUCGUUGUAUGUUGGCUAUGGAUUGGGCUAAACGGGCUUUCUUUGGAAGAGACCUCAUGAGCUUCUAA